UCUGUUUUUCCGUUUCUCUUCUCUCUCCGCGCCCGACUUGACAAUGUCCGGCCGAGGCAAGCAGGGCGGCAAGGCGCGCGCCAAGGCCAAGUCGCGCUCAUCGCGCGCGGGGCUGCAGUUCCCCGUGGGCCGCGUGCACCGGCUGCUCCGCAAGGGGAACUACUCGGAGCGGGUCGGGGCGGGCGCGCCAGUGUACUUGGCGGCGGUGCUGGAGUAUUUAACGGCCGAGAUCCUGGAGCUGGCGGGCAACGCGGCCCGCGACAACAAGAAGACGCGCAUCAUCCCGCGCCACCUGCAGCUGGCCAUCCGCAACGACGAGGAGCUUAACAAGCUGCUGGGCCGCGUGACCAUCGCGCAGGGCGGCGUCCUGCCCAACAUCCAGGCCGUGCUGCUGCCCAAGAAGACGGAGAGCCAUCAUAAAGCCAAGGGCAAGUGAGGCUGCGGAGGCGGGCCGGUAACGGCUGUGCGCCCCGGGGGCCCUGUGACACCAAAGGCUCUUUUCAGAGCCACCCACAGUUUCAAGAAAAGAGCCGCACUGAUCACGUAGCCUUGCCUUGCCAGGGCUGCGUUCUUUCUCCUGGGCGCACGGGGGAUCCGGGCCCGAGGCACGAUCCGGACGCGCGCCUACGCGCACCGUGGGUUCGCGUGUUUGUUUGCUGCAGGAAAAGCCACCGGACACGUGGCUGUUCUUUGCGUUUGAAUCUCACUCCUAAGCUUUUCCUAGGGUCUUAAUCCCGCUCGCUCACUGUGAAGGGAUCUGUAGCAAUCGGUGACCAGUUGCCUUGGACUCUGCAAAGUGUCGCUCUGUCACAUCUAGACCCCCAAAUACAGGCUGUCUGCUUGUCCCAGGCCUGGAUAACGAGGCAGAUUCAACUGGCAUCGAAAAUAAAUCUAGCUAGAAUCUGCUA